AGUCGUCUGGGAAAAAAAAUGCCGAAAUUUUUCAAGAAAAGAACGAGCUGUAGCAAUAUGCUUGGACGGAAUGUCAAUAAAACCCGAACUUGUGUACAACGCAAAGAAAGACAUUUUUUACGGAUUCCCUUAUACAGGAACUCAGAAAAAGAUCGAAAGAAACAGAACGUCGAUCUUGGCCACUGAAGCCAUUGUUAUAAUGGUUUCUGGAUUAGGCCCUCUAAGUCCGAACAAAUUUAAAAAUGACACCGCUAGUCGUUCUGGACGUUUCAAGCAGGCAAUUGGUUAUAUGUUGGCUCAUCAUUCACUAGAAACUACUAAACAACUGAAUAUGAUUACAAAUGCCGUACAAGCUCUAAAGGGUCGUGGAUUAUAUCCCUUGGCGUUGAUUCUAGACCAGUGUACAACGAAUGUUAAAAUGAUUCACGAAGCCGGAGCAAUUGCAGAGAAGCCAAUAAUCAUGAUAGACAGUGCAGAAAUUGCAGUUUUUUAUGAUAAUCCACAUCUUAUUAAAAAUACGAAAAGUAUGCUAUCCAAACACAAUGCAGUUUUUAAAGGAAAAAUUGCAUCCUUUAGUCAUAUUCGACAACUGUACCUGAAAGAUCAAAUAUGUGUACCGAGAUUAGUGCCAAAGCUCACCGAGAAAUUGAUAAAUCCCCGCCCAUUUAUGGCUAUGAAUGUAGCUCAAGCCACACGGACGUUAAGUCACUCUGUCGCAGUGGGUCUAGAAUACUACGCAUUGUCUGGGGAUCUACCUUUAUCUGCAUUGACAACAGCUUCAUUCGUAAUUUUUUUUUGAUGAACUCUUUGAUACUUUUAACUCCAAGAUCGACAAAAGUACU